CAAUCGACGGCUAGCGCAGUUGUUAUAAAACUCCCGCGAGGUUUACACCUGUUCAACAUUGACAUUUCCACCUAACAAUUACACUACCCAAUGUUGCUGAAAAGUGCUCUCAUCGCCACACUGUUGCUCCUAGCUUGGGAGACCGAAGCGAGGCGUGCUCGUACCAGAUCGAGAACAAAAUCUAAGGUACAAAUUGGACUACCUAUCACCGGCAAGUAUAGGGACCCAGAAUCUGACCAGUACUACAAUAACAACGAUGGCGCAAAAAUUCUACUAGCUUCACACUUUGACCUUGAAUACGUGUUGGGUCACAAAAUUGCCUUUCUUUGCACCGCCAAAGGGACACCGCGUCCGCACAUCACUUGGUUUAAAGACGGCACCGAAAUAUUUGCACACCAUUACCUGCAUAUUCACGAAUGGCUCAUCGACGAAGAUCGCGUAAAAUCCAAGAUUGAAAUUGAUCCUGCUACCCAGAUGGACGCUGGCGUCUAUGAAUGUACAGCAGACAACAUGUACUCUAUUGAUCGCAGGUCUUUCAAAACAGAUUUCUCUAUUGCCUUUGAUUGAGUCUAUCACAACUUUUGCAGUACUGCCACUUUUAUAAGCCGCAUUGGCAAAUAUGGUUUGACUAACACUGAUGAAACCGAAUGUACACCAAUGAAAUACUGACCUUAUUGCUUGAGGUUAAGAUUUUAAACAGAAGGACAACAGAGACUCGCUCUUGCUUGCUGUUUCGCUCAUAAUUCGUGCGUAAAAACAUGCGCGUAUGCAACAACCAAUAGCGGACGGACGCGCGCUAUGAUUGGCCGAGAUAUUUUCGCACCAUUCAAAAAUAAAAUGUCUGCGCAGGUGCACCGGCGUAAAUUAUAAAAGUGUUAGUACUGUAAGAAUUUUUUCAUUUUUAUUUAAUAAAAAUAAAACAUCUGUAUCUACAUUGUACUAA